AUGCCACUUAAAAAAGAUAAAACUACCCGAAAUAAUGCUAUUGAGAAAGCCCUUAAGGCUAUAAAGAACUCCUCAAAUAAUCCUACAGCUCCAAGUGUAAGGAGUAUCGCACAAGAAUUUGAUAUUCCGGAAUCAACCCUUAGACGUGUUAUUCGAAACAAUGGUCCUCUCAAACGUCCAGAUCCUAAUAAAGUUUUAACCGACCACGAAGAAGAGCAACUGGUUGGUUAUUGCUUGAACAUGCAGAGACUUGGUUUCGGAUUGUCAAGGUCUGGUGUGAAUCAUUGUGUGAUGGAAAUUGUUGGUAGAGAUGGACGCCCACAUCCUUUUAACGAGAAUGGACCAGGCCAAGCAUGGUGGAAACGGUUUUUAAAAGAUCACUCCGAACUUUCAUUUCAUGUCCUGCAGGCUCUAAAUGAAGCAUAUGCCCAAAAAGCAAAUCUUAUUAUAAUCAAUGACCAUUUCAACAAACUUCAAAAAAUUCUUACUGAAUAUUCGCUCACCCCUGAUCGUAUCUGGAAUAUGGACGAGACAGGUUUUAUUAUUGAGCCUAAACUUCAAAAAGUCAUUGCAAAGAAAGGAGCAUGUCAGGUUCAUCAUGUUUCGUAUGGCAGCAAUCAUGAACACAUCUCUGUAUGCCCAACUAUUUCAGAUGCCGGAACGUAUAUACCUCCAUUAAUAAUAUAUAAGGGAAAGUGGAUAAUCCCAGGCCUUUUAGACAGCGCUCCUGCUGGCACUGUUAUGGGGUUUACCGAUACGAGGUAUAUGCAGGAAAGCCUAUUUAGAAAAUACAUAGAGCAUUUUGUUAAUUCUAUUCCUCCUAUUUGCCUUGUUUUACUAAUCCUUGAUGGACACAAGAGUCACGUCAAUUAUACUUGUAUCAAUUUCUGUUAUGAAAAUAACAUACUUCUCUACAACCUUCCACCACAUACUACCCACAUCCUACAACCUGUGGAAUUACCAUUUGCUCAACUCAAAAAAAUAUAUGACAGCGAAUGUGACAAAUUCUUUACUAAUAGCGACAAGCUAGUAACAAAAUACAUAUUCGCUAAACUCUUUGGACAGGCUUAUAUUAAAACAUACACCCCAACCGCUAUAUGUAAUGCUUUCAAGUCAACGGGAAUAUGGCCCUUCAAUCCCGAUGCCAUUAGUCCUAGUUGUUUGGAGCCCUCAAUGGCAACACAUAGAUUCGAUCUACCAAGUCCUAAACAACCCACUCACCUGCUUGUUACACUAACUUCUUCUUCUUUACCUAGCUACGUUUCAAGUUACCUCGGCCCAACCUCUACAAAUGAAGAAUUAUGGUCGGAGAUAGAUGCACUUAAUAAAAGAGUUAAACAUUUGGAAACAGAACUAGAGCUCUUUAAAAAUCCUGGCAUCAGUCCUUUGCGGCUGGUGCUUAAGUACCCUUUGCACCAUCAUUCGAAGCAGACGGCAGAUCUGAAGACAGAUGGAGAGCAGCCCAAAACUCAGCAACCCAAGAAAAAACGAAAGACUAUGCCCUUCGCUCAGCUCCUUACUAAUGAAGAGUCCUUACGUUCGUUAAGGGAAGCGGAGGAGGAGGCAGAAAGAGUGGCCAACGAAAAAAAAGAAAAAAAAGAGGCGGCCAUCCAGAAACAAAUAGUACGGGAGACAGAAAAGAUGCAGAAGCAAGAAAUGCGCAGGCAAAAAAAAAGAGGAAAAGGAACAUUUGAAGAUAGAUCAACAGCGUAUUAG